AUUGCUCGUCUCUAGACCACUGGCAAUGCAAACGUAGAGAAAAGGAAAACUGUCAGUAUAAAAUAAACAAAUAACAUUAAAAUAAUAUUGGGAGAACGAAAUAAAACAAUUGGACAAUGAACAAACUGAAGUCGAGUCAACACCGCGACAAGGUGAAAAAAUUUAUUUCCCUCACACAGACGGGCGAGCAGACCGCAAUAUUCUGCUUGACACAAAACGAAUGGAAAAUGGAUUUGGCCAGCGAUAAUUAUUUCCAAAAUCCCGAAUACUAUUACCGUGAGCUAGAUCGCAAACGUAUUGAGCAACUAUUCCUGCGCUAUCGCGAUCCAAAUGAUCUUCAAAAGAUUAACUCACAGGGUGUGAUACGAUUUCUAGAGGAUCUGGAACUGAGUCCGGACUCCAAAUUGGUGCUCAUUAUUGCGUGGAAAUUUCAUGCAGAAGUGCAGUGCGAGUUCUCCCGGGAUGAGUUCGUGAACGGCAUGUGUGAUCUUGGGAUUGAUAGCAUUGAAAAAUUGAAGUCCAAGCUACCUGUGUUGGAGCAGGAAUUGAAUGAUGCUGGCAAAUUCAAGGAUUUCUAUCACUUUACGUUUAACUAUGCUAAGGAUCCGGGACAGAAGGGCAUUGACUUGGAAAUGGCGAUUGCCUAUUGGUGCAUAGUGCUGCGAGGGCGUUUCAAAUUCCUGGACAUCUGGUGCAAAUUUUUGGAGGAGAAACAUAAGCGAGCUAUAUCCAGAGACACGUGGAAUCUGUUGCUUGACUUCGCUACCAUUAUUGAUGAUCGAAUGAGCAAUUAUGACUCGGAGGGCGCUUGGCCCGUACUUAUCGAUGAUUUUGUAGAAUGGUGUCAGGAAAAUAAUCAUCUCAAGGAUCAGUCGAAGAACAUAUCUAGCGCUUACCAGAACGCCUCGCAUAGUACAAACAUGAAUUAUGGCUAACGAAUUGUUGAUAUUUUUUUUUAUGUAAACACUAUCUAUUACGAUAUAUUCUCAUUAGUAAUAGAUUUUUGUUUUUGCUUUUAUUCUCCAAUUAUUCUAAAUAAUGAAGAUAACUAAGCAAAGGCCCAGAAAUUUUACAAUUUUCUCUAUAAAGUAAAAAAAAAAAAACAUAUAUAUACAUAUAUAAAUAAAAUUAGUAAAAGUAAA